AUGGCUUCACGGACCAAUCAUGAUGUCGUCGGCGGCAUGAAUGAUAAUCUUACGGGAGAGAUUAAGAAUCCCCUCCAAGGUCUCUCUCACGACGAGCUCAUGAUUAAUGUCGAAAGCUAUGCCACCGACCACGACCUGACCGACAUUCUCCCUUUGUUGAAGAAGGGUGCCCUGGCUGGCCAGAAGCCAGCUGAGGCUGGUUCGAUCCCGGAGCUUGAUGAGCAAGACCGUCAUGUUCUUCGCGAGGAAAUCACUCGUCGCUGGCAUCAUCCUUGGGCCCUGUACUACACCAUCAUUCUCAAUUCGAUCGCGGCUGCCAUUCAGGGCUGGGAUCAGACAGGGUCAAACGGUGCCAACUUGACCUUCGAAAAACAGUUUGGUAUUCCAAAUAACUUUCCUGACUGUCCUGAUAAGGCUACUUGUGAUCGCAAUCAGUGGAUUGUGGGGUUUGUCAAUGCUACGCCUUACAUUGCUAUCUGUCUUUUUGCUGGCUGGCUGUCUGACCCCAUUAAUCACAUGAUUGGCCGAAAGGGUACCAUCUUCAUCGCCGCCGUCUUCAGUUUACUUGCCCCCAUUGGAUCUGCUUUGACCCAAACCUGGGGUCAGCUUGUUGCAUGCCGUGUACUUCUCGGAAUUGGAAUGGGUCUCAAGGAGGUUACUGUUCCUGUCUAUUCUGCCGAAAAUGCACCUACCAACAUUCGGGGUGGGCUUGUCAUGAGUUGGCAGCUAUGGACCGCGUUCGGAAUUUUCCUCGGUACCUGCAGCAAUCUCGUUGUGGCUAAUGUUGGUGAUAUUGCCUGGCGUCUGCAGCUUGGGUCGGCCUUUAUCCCUGCUGUUCCUUUGCUUCUGGGAGUCUACUUUUGUCCUGAAUCCCCACGCUGGCUUAUGACUAAGGGAAGGCACCGCAAGGCAUAUGAGUCUCUACUUCGCCUGCGUAAUAGCCCUCUGCAGGCUGCUCGGGAUCUGUAUCUCAUCCAUGCUACUCUUGUUGAGGAGAAGAAGAUGCUGGAAGCCUCCGGGUUUGCAAAGACGGACAACAUGUUUGUUCGAUUCUUUGAGCUUUUCACCGUGCCUCGUCUCCGUCGUGCGACUCAGGCUUCGGGUAUUGUGAUGAUUGCUCAGCAGAUGUGUGGAAUCAACAUCAUCGCUUUCUACUCAUCUACUAUCUUCUCUCUAGCUGGUGCAGAUAAUAUCCAUGCACUUUUGGCAUCAUUUGGAUUUGGGUUGAUCAACUUCGUCUUUGCUUGGCCCGCUGUGUGGACCAUCGAUACCUACGGCCGACGGACCCUCCUGCUCUUUACCUUCCCCAACAUGUGUUGGACACUGCUCUGCGCUGGUUUCUGUUUCUGGGUUCCUGGAAAGACUGCUCAUCUAGGCUCAAUCGCCCUAUUUGUGUAUCUUUUCGAUGCCUUUUACUCUCCCGGUGAAGGACCCGUUCCAUUCACCUAUUCAGCUGAGGUUUUCCCACUUUCACAUCGUGAGGUCGGCAUGGCCUGGGCUGUUGCGACUAAUAACUUCUGGGCAUCGAUAUUAUCGCUGACAUUCCCGUACAUGCUUCGAGCUUUUACCGCUCAGGGUGCUUUCGGUUUCUAUGCUGCAUUGAAUAUCAUUGCCUUUGUUUUGAUCUUCUUGUUCCUGCCGGAGACCAAGCAGCGAUCUUUGGAAGAGCUUGACUACGUCUUUGGUGUGCCUACUCGCACCCAUGCCAGAUACCAACUCACUCAAGUCCUUCCGUGGUGGAUUAGACGGUACAUCUUUGGCCGCAAGGGAGCUGUCUGUCCUGAGCUGUACAAGGUUAGCGAGACCACUGAGCGUCAGACGGACGAGGUCCAGGAUCUCAGCGAAGUCCUGAGCGUCACUGCAGCUAAAGAAAAGGACAAGGAGGCCGCUUGA